CAAUAUAUUUCAGAGAAAGGAGAUUGAUACUGCAACAUCUAUGUAGCUUAUAUACAGUUUUUCAAAGUAGUGAUAACAUUUUUUGAUCCAUGUAAUAGUCAUAAUGUAUAAAUUAUUUUUCUUGUGUUUCUCUCCAGGUCUCCCUAAUAAUUUAUCAAGGAUUUUAAAAAAGUCUUGAUUAAGUUAUGGCAAUGUGUAUUGAUGUAACUAAUUUGCAGUUUUCUUCUUGGUUAGAUACUACAAUGUCCAAGGUUGCUGCUGCCCCCAUCUCCCAUCACAGUGCCACAAUUGUCCCCUACAAAAUUUCUUGGGGGUGGGGAGUGGUAAGGAAAAUCUGUGAAAUUUGAAGGGAGUUUCUAAGAAAUAAUUUCUAUUUUGGAGAGAACAAGAUGAUAUAAAACUAUACUUCUGAAUUAAUUGUAAAAAUUUAAUUUAAUAGUUUUUGAAUAAGAAAAAUAGUUUUGAAAAUCUCAUUGUCAUUGACACCAUUGUUACAGACAUUUUCCUCCCUGAUAAAAAAAGACCUGGGUGUCUUGAUGGUGACAUGUUGUUUUAACUAUAAACAAAUGUUUUUCCUAUACCCAGGAAUAACUUUUUAAAAAUUUUACUAUGAAAACUGACACACACACACAGAAGUAGAGACAAUUCACUAGGAACUCCCAGAUACAUUUACCUAGAUUCAAUAUUAUCAAGAUUUUGCCACGUUUGUUUCAUUUAUCCAUCAUUUUCUUUGCUGAAGUAUUUUAAAGCAAGUCCCAGACAUUAUGUUUGUCUUACUACUCCUACAUAUUUUAGCAUGCAUCUCUAAAUACAUGGACAUUUUCUUUCCAAAAGUGGUUAUCUAAGGAUAAUUGUUAUUCAUAUACUGGAUAUGCUGGUAUCUUGAGAGAAUUCCUGCUCUCUGAAGAUUGCAGAAUUUAAUCUGAUUUUCUCAUUUGACAAUAAUUUUUACCUAAAUGACCUGUUGGCUGAAGCCACAGAAAAAUACGGUAUAAUAUUUGGAACCAAAAACGCCUGACUUUUUUUUUUUUUUUGACUUUAAAUUUUUCUGUUAAUCAUAAUCAUUGUUGAGGAACUAAAAAGCAACAGGUACCCCAAUAUCAUACACAUCUGUGCUUAUUGCCACUUUGCUUUAAAGAUCAGUCUUUCCACUUUUGCUCUGGAUUCCUUCUUCCUUGCUUUCAGUGUCUUUACCUUGUCAUUUAUCUAUUUUUAUUAAAUUGACAUACAGGUAUGUUUUUCUGUCUUUCAGCUUAAAAAUAAAAAACAAACCUCCACUGACUUCAUAUCCCUCUCCAGCUGUAGUACCACUACCAAAUGUUUAGAAUGUUGUUUGCUGAGCAUGAAAUCAGUAUGAAUGGAGUUAGUUGAACUUAAGCAGUGUCUCCUCACUAAGGUGGCUUCAUUUACUCCCCCACGCCAUAGGGACAGCAGGCCAGGGAGUACAGUCUGCUAAGUCAGGACUCCUUCUCCCCACCUUGGAUGGUCACUGCUGCUGUGACUAUCUUUUAUGAAUUUCCACUGUUUGAGGAUGCCACUUCCCUCCUCUUUUUUUUUUUGUUUAGACUUUCUUCAGGAAAAGUAACACAGUUGGUUAGGUUUCAGCUUAAUAGCAACAGCAGUCCAAGCCAGCUGUUCAAAGUAAACCCAAGUUAUUGUCUGGAAAUAAGUUUGAGAUUCGAAAGGAAAGUCUAGGCUGAAUUUGUAGGCCUGUAGUUGAUGAUUGAGAGUCAAUAAAUAUUAGAGAAUGAUAUUUAAGAUCACCUAGGGGAAGAGUGUAGAGUAAGAGAAAAGAAUGCUGAGGAAUUCAAUUUAAUGGUGGAAAAGAAGCUGCCAGUAAUGACACUUGAGAAGGAGUGGCCAAAGAGGUAGGAGAGAGCAUUAAGGAAGUCUGGCCAGUUGUACUGAGUGUGGCUGAGAAAAAGAACCUGAAAGGGUCCAUUGGAUUCGGCAAAAUUGAGAUAAUUGGUAAUCUUGAUGCACAAAUGUAGUGGUGGUGUAGAAGCAGAAUCUAGAUUGGAAUGGGUGGAAAAGUGAAGGUACUGUAAGGUUGUAAUAGGUUAAGCUAUAAAUAGAAAGUAUGGAGGUAGAACAAGGAAGUGGAAAGACUACUUUCCUGAAAAGCUUUAUUUUUAAAGGAAGAAGUGAUAUAAAUAUCUUAAGGUCUAGAGAAAUUAUGGAUAAAAUCCUGGUUUGGGCUUUAGAAUUAUUUUUAAGGUUGUUUUUUUGUUUGUUUCUUUUGUUUUUAACACUAAGGUGUUUAUAUUCUGAUGAUAUUUUAAUCAUUUCCUAGAUAUGAUUCAUGAACCUUUUCCUCAAUUAUGAGAACUUGAGUUUGAGAGUUAUUUCAUUCCAAGAAAUUAUGGAUCAUGCAAACAUAAUUUGAAAAAGAGGAAAUGGGCAUUUAGAGUGGAAGGAUGUAACAUGGUAGGCAGAUCAGGAAUUGUGGUUUUUGUUGUCCAAAAUAAGGGGACCUCAACUUUGGGAUGAGCCUUUGGGGAAUAGGGAUCCGAACUGUAUCUAUGACCUUGUAUAUUGAGCAAAGGGUUGAAAAAUACAUAUUUAGCUUUAUAGGGUAGGGUAAGUAAAUAUUCAGAGGCUUUUCCAUCUCAAGUAUUCAAGGUGAUGAAUUUCUAGGAUUGUAGUGAGACCUGACCUGCAGAAGAACAGGCAUGAGCCAGUUGUUCAGAAUGAUGAAAAAUCAAGAAGACAAUCAUUGAAUGGAAUAUAGACACACAUUUCUCUUGGAAUGCACAUCUGCAACAAAGCAAAAUGCAUGACCAGCGCCACACUGAAACCUGUGGGGGAGGGAGAAUCUGGGAAAUUUUUAUGAAGGGAGCAGUAGCAGUGUCAGUUCAGAGAAGUUAAGUACAGAUAAGAGAAGUAGUGAAGACCACAGGAAGGACAGCAAGUGUAGGAUCAUUUUCCAUUAUGGACCUUUCCAGGGAACAGCCAGGUAAAAUCAAGCAAUCCUUUACUCUACCCAACCCCCCUCAGCCCCUCCCCCCCUUAUAUAUAUUUCACCUUAUAUAUUCCUCCUAUUCACUAAUAUUUGUUUGUUUCUUCAGAGGUUGUUGGAUGGAUGUGUGGGAACUAAUGUCCCAGGAAUGCAGGGAUGAAGUAGUCUUAAUUGACUCUAGCUGUCUUUUAGAAACACUAGAAACAUACCUGCGAAAACACAGGUUUUGCACUGAUUGCAAAAAUAAAGUCCUCCGAGCAUACAAUAUCCUUAUUGGUGAACUGGAUUGCAGCAAAGAGAAGGGCUACUGUGCUGCACUUUAUGAAGGCUUACGGUGUUGCCCACAUGAACGACACAUACAUGUUUGCUGUGAAACAGACUUCAUUGCACAUCUUUUGGGUCGUGCUGAGCCAGAGUUCGCAGGAGGGUAUGAACGAAGAGAACGACAUGCAAAGACAAUAGAUAUAGCUCAAGAAGAAGUCCUGACCUGCCUGGGUAUUCAUCUUUAUGAAAGACUGCAUCGAAUCUGGCAAAAACUGCGGGCAGAAGAGCAGACGUGGCAGAUGCUUUUCUAUCUUGGUGUUGAUGCUUUACGCAAGAGUUUUGAGAUGACUGUGGAAAAAGUACAAGGCAUUAGCCGAUUGGAACAACUUUGUGAAGAAUUUUCAGAGGAAGAACGAGUAAGAGAACUCAAGCAAGAAAAGAAACGCCAAAAACGGAAGAACAGACGAAAAAAUAAAUGUGUAUGUGAUAUUCCUGCUCCCUUACAAACAACAGAUGAAAAAGGAGUAAGCCAAGAGAAGGAAACAGACUUCAUAGAAAACAGCUGCGAAGCCUGUGGCAGCACUGAAGAUGGUAAUAAUUGUGUAGAAGUAAUUGUUACCAAUGAAAAUACAUCAUGUACCUGUCCUAGCAGCAGCAAUCUUUUGGGGUCCCCUAAAAUAAAGAAAGGCUUAUCUCCACACUGUAAUGGCAGUGAUUGUGGAUAUUCAUCCAGCAUGGAAGGGAGUGAAACAGGUUCUCGAGAGGGUUCAGAUGUAGCCUGCACAGAAGGCAUUUGUAAUCACGAUGAACAUGGUGAUGACUCUUGUGUUCAUCAUUGUGAAGAGAAAGAGGAUGAUGGCGAUAGUUGUGUCGAAUGUUGGGCAAAUUCUGAAGAGAGUAACACAAAAGGAAAAAAUAAAAAGAAGAAAAAGAAAAGCAAGAUGUUAAAAUGUGAUGAACAUAUCCAAAAGCUUGGAAGCUGUAUUACAGAUUCAGGUAAUCGCGAGACCUCAGGAAAUACCGUGCGCACAGUGUUUCACCGUGACAAGACCAAAGAUGCAUAUCCUGAAAGUUGUUGCAGCUCUGAAAAGGCUGGGCAGCCACUGCCUUGGUUUGAGCAUAGGAAAAAUGUUCCACAGUUUGCAGAACCUACAGAAAUGUCAUUCAGUCCCGAUUCCGGAAAAGGUGCCAAGAGCUUAGUUGAACUCCUUGAUGAAUCUGAAUGUACUUCAGAUGAGGAAAUCUUUAUCUCACAAGAUGAAAUACAGUCAUUUAUGGCUAAUAACCAGUCUUUCUACAGCAACAGAGAACAGUACCGACAGCAUCUGAAGGAGAAAUUUAAUAAAUACUGCCGCUUAAAUGAUCACAAGAGGCCCAUUUGUAGUGGCUGGUUGACAACGGCUGGAGCAAAUUAAAUAAAUAAAAUAGCUCUGUCUUUCAAUGAAACACUCAAGAUGACUACUGCGCCUUCUCUUUCAAAAAACUCUUAAUUUAGUGACUUAUGGCAAAAUUUUAUCUUAAAUCAAUGUGAUUCUUUCUUGUUUGGGGAGACGGUGGAGGUAACCUCAUUAGUUUGUCCUUUCUUCAGGCUUGUGUCUUUAGUUGCGUGGCUGCGCAGGCCUGCUGUAUGAUUUAAGCCAUCUCUUUUCAUUAAAUGUUUCUCUUCCUGUGAGACUUACUAAAGCAACUUAGUGGCAAAAAGUAAUGUUGUACUUAUACUUCUGUACAGAAAUGACAAUGAGCUGAAUAUAUGGUUUUACAAAGUAGACAUCCACUUGCAAAAUGUUUGGAUGUAAUGUUAAAGCGCAAUGUGCAAAAUUUAAAAUAAAGAGUAUUUAUUAAUACGCAUAGUAAAA